AAUAGUUUGUACACAACUUCAGAGCGGAGAGAGCGAGAGCUAGAUAGGUGAUUGAGAGAUCUCGCCGCGCCGCGCCUAAACCGACUUAGCAGCUUAAAAGCCUGGCUAGCUAGGGCUAGCCUACACUUGACAAGAAUUGACGAAGAAUAAGGUGAUAACAAAAUAAAAAAUGAGAUAGAAAUACAGGGAAUUUCGAAAUAUUUCAGCCAUCUAGGAAGUUGAAAGAUAAACACAAUGAGUCGUCUGUACGAUACUGUGGAGCCCUCGGUGAUCGAGGAAGACAUGCUACAGAAAGCAGUGGAAGAACAAGGACCAAAGGAGGAAGCUGGAAAAAUAGCUAAAUCUGAAGGAAUUGACUUUGGGGAUGUCCUUAAAUUGAGGUUGGAUUUCAAAAAUAUUCUGAAAAUUGACAAUUUGUGGCAAUUUACAAGCCUAGUCAAACUUCAGCUGGACAACAACAUCAUUGAGACAAUAGAAGGACUUGAUGCAUUAGUGAACUUGGUGUGGUUAGAUUUAUCAUUCAACAACAUUGAAGUAGUAGAAGGCUUAGAUAAGUUAGUGAAACUUGAAGAUUUGACACUGUACAACAAUAGGAUAGCAGUGUUGGAAAACAUGCACAACCUCACAAGACUGCAUGUGCUCUCAGUUGGAAACAACAAACUCACUAGCCUGGAAAAUGUAAGUAAUUGGCCAGUCUAACAAAAAGGUGCAUACAGCUCUG